UGAAGAGGAGGCAGGGAAAAAAAAAAAAAAGGAUGAGGGUGAUGACGCUUCCAGUUUGAAGCCACACGAUUCGAUGUCCUAGUGAAAUCUGAUCCCUACUUGCGGAUUUCUCCAGGAAAAAAAAAAAAAAAAAGAAGGAAAAGAAAAAAAAGCAACCAAGGCACUUAUGAUCAGCUCAGUUUGUGUUUCCUCCUUCCGCGGGCGCAAGUCUGGUAACAAGCCUCCUUCCAAGUCAUGUUUGAAAGGAGAUAUGGGCAAAAACGAGGACAGCGACAAGAUUGUCAUUAAUGUUGGGGGCGUCAGGCAUGAGACCUACCGGAGUACCCUCAAAACCCUGCCAGGGACCAGGCUGUCCUGGCUCACGGAGCCUGAUGCCUUCAGUAACUUUGACUAUGACCCCAAAACAGACGAGUUCUUCUUCGACAGACACCCGCAGGUCUUCGCCUCUGUCUUGAACUACUAUAGGACUGGCAAGCUGCAUUGCCCUUCAGAUGUGUGCGGCCCCCUCUACGAAGAGGAGUUGGCAUUUUGGGGCAUCGAUGAGACGGACGUGGAGGCUUGUUGCUGGAUGAACUACCGGCAGCAUCGAGAUGCCGAGGAAGCCUUGGAUAGCUUUGAGGCCCCGGAGCCCGAGGAGGAGGAAGAUGGGGAUCUGAAAAGGCUCUGCCUUCAGGAAGAUGGCAGGAAGCUGGGCUGGUGGAAGAGAUGCCAGCCAAAAGUCUGGGCUCUCUUUGAGGACCCAUAUUCUUCCAAAGCUGCCAGGUAUAUCGCCUUUGCUUCCCUGUUCUUCAUUCUCAUCUCCAUCACAACGUUUUGCCUUGAGACCCACGAGGCAUUCAAUGACGUCGUCAACAAGACUGAGACCACCACACAAAACAACGUCACCAAGACGGAGAUUAUACUAGAAGUGGAGACUGAACCUUUUCUCACAUAUGUAGAAGGCAUGUGCGUGAUAUGGUUCACGUUUGAGUUUCUGAUGCGUGUUUUGUUCUGCCCUGAUAAAAUGGAAUUCAUUAAGAGCAGCUUGAAUAUUAUAGACUUUGUGGCCAUCUUACCUUUCUACCUGGAGGUCGGCUUGAGUGGCCUGUCUUCCAAAGCAGCCAAGGAUGUCCUCGGUUUUCUUCGAGUUGUCCGAUUUGUCAGGAUCCUGAGAAUCUUUAAGCUCACUCGACAUUUUGUUGGGCUCCGAGUCCUUGGCCACACUCUACGAGCCAGUACAAAUGAGUUUCUCCUUCUUAUUAUAUUCUUGGCACUUGGGGUUUUAAUUUUUGCCACCAUGAUAUACUAUGCGGAAAGGAUCGGGGCAGAGCCAGGAGACCUUUCUGGCAGUGCACACACCAACUUCAAAAACAUCCCCAUAGGGUUUUGGUGGGCUGUGGUAACAAUGACAACUUUGGGGUAUGGUGACAUGUAUCCAGUGACCUGGUCAGGCAUGUUGGUGGGUGCCCUGUGUGCUUUGGCAGGUGUGUUAACAAUUGCUAUGCCAGUCCCUGUCAUUGUCAACAAUUUUGGAAUGUACUACUCCCUAGCUAUGGCUAAGCAGAAGCUACCAAAGAAAAAGAACAAACAUAUUCCGCGGGCACCUCAACCUGGAUCACCUAAUUACUGUAAACCAGACAUGCAGUCUCCCCAUAGAAGUGCUCAAGGAGAUGCCUGUCCCUUAGCUCAGGAGGAAAUCAUCGAGAUCAACAGAACAGACUCCAAACAGAACGGUGAUGCUGCCAAUGCUGCACUGGCCAAUGAGGAUUGCCCAACAAUAGACCAAGCUCUCUCCCCAGAAGAAAAGUCCCCUGUUACCCCAGGUGCAAGAGAGAGAUACAAUCGUGACCGAGCUUGUUUCCUGUUGUCCACCGGAGACUUUGCACAUUCUCCAGACGGCAACAUCCGCAAAGAAAAUUAUAAGGAGAGUCCUGUCCUUGUCCGAUAUAUGCAGGCGGAAGCUGUCACUGUGAAUUAAUUGAUUUGAUCCCCUAGAUACAAUCUUUCUUCCGAAACCUUGAUUUCAGAACAAACACAAACGUAACAAAUUAAAAAAAA